CACAGCACCAUGCCUGAGGGAGCCCGUCGGGGCAGCAAGAAGAAAGCAGGCAAUCAAGUGGCCGCCAGACCAUCCUCCGUGUCCUCGCUGAGCGGGAUCGCCGGCGGCAUGGCCGCCGCCACCAUCUCGGGCAGCUGCACCUCGGUCAACACGGUGUGCUCGGACGGCGAGCGGCCCGUCAGCCUCAGCUCCUCCGCCUCCUCCGCCUCCCUGCCCGACAGCCAGAGCGCCUUCGGCAGCAGCGGGGCCUUGGGCGGGGGCUGCCCCGCCGGCUACCCACCCGACGCCCAGCAGAACGGCAGCGACAUCAGCCUCGAUCUCACCCCGGUGGCGCUGCUGGAGGGGCCGGCCGAGGGGCCCCCGGGGGGUGCCAAGCAUGGCAGCGGCGGCAGUGCCUGGUCCCCCGGGCAUGCCAGAGCCAGGGAACGCCGGGUCAAGCUGUCCCAACUGGACCGGGUGGUGCUGGAGAUUGUGGAGACGGAGCAGGCUUACGUCCGGGACCUGAGAAGCAUUGUGGAGGAUUAUCUUGGCUGUAUCAUAGACAAUGGACACCUGCCCCUCAAACCUGAGCAAGUGAGCACUUUGUUCUGCAACAUCGAAGACAUCUAUGAAUUCAACAGUGAGCUCCUGGAAGAGCUGGAGAGCAGCAGCAGUGCCCACGCCAUCGCUGAGUGCUUCGUGCAACGGAGCGAGGAAUUUGACAUCUACACCUUGUACUGCAUGAACUACCCCAACUCUGUGUCUGUGCUACGGGAGUGCAUGGAGAACCAGGUGCUGGCGGGGUUUUUCCGGGAGCGCCAGGCCACGCUGUGCCACUCCCUGCCCCUGGAGACCUACCUGCUGAAACCCGUCCAGAGGAUCCUCAAAUACCAUCUCCUGCUGCAGGAGCUGGCCCGGCACUGUGAGCGGAGCAGCGCGGGCUACGAGGCGGUGGAGGAAGCCACCAUCACCAUGACGGCUGUGGCCUGGUACAUCAACGACAUGAAGCGCAAGCAGGAGCACGCCGCCCGGCUGCAGGAGCUGCAGGGGCUGCUGGUGGGCUGGAUGGGGCCGGAGCUGGAGGCCUUCGGGGAGCUGGUGCUGGAGGGGCAGUUCCGGGUGCAGCGGGUGCGGCGGGAACGCGCCUUCUUCCUCUUCAGCAAGAUGCUGCUGGUCGCCAAGCGCCGCGGGCCGGCCUUCGUCUACAAGAGCCACAUCUUCUGCUGUAACCUGGCCCUGUCGGAGAGCCUCAAGGACCCCCUGAGCUUCAAGAUCUCGGACCUCACCAUCCCCAAGCAGCAGCACGUGGUGCAGGCCAGGAACCAGGAAGAGAAGCGGCUGUGGAUCCAUUACCUGAAGCGCCUGAUCGUCGAGAACCACCCAGCGUCUAUCCCACAGAAGGCCAAGCAAGUGCUGCUGGAGAACAGCUUCCAAAGCUCCCCGGAGAUCCGCUGCAGCCCAGAGCCCCUGAAGACGCCGGCCCCCUCUCCAAGGAUGGAGGAUGCCUGGGGCUUUCCCCGCGGCAGGCGGCAGUCAGAGCCGCCCAAAUUCAUGUGCAGCCCGGAGAGAGCCCGCAAAAGCUGCCCCGUCGUCCAGCCGGACGGCCCCACUCAGUACCGCCGGGGGCGCAGGCAGUCCGAGCCGACCACUGAGCUGAGCCAGAUGGGGCAGGAGCAGAACGGUCGCUGUCGGGGGCUCCCAGCCACCCCCAAAUUGAAGCACGCGGGCAGCGAGGGGGAGCUGUUCCCCGCCCCGCCGCCCCUAGCACUCUCAGGCAGUGUCUGCACCCUGGACUCCAGCGUGGCCGAGGAGUCGGACCCCGGCGAGGAUGCCGAGUCACCCCCGUUCUGCCUGGCCGAGGAGCCUCUGUCCAUCACCGAGGAGAUCCUGGAGCUGCUCAGCCAGAGGGGGCUGAGUGGGGACCUAGGGACAGAAGAGACGCCAUGGGGACAAGGGGAGCAAUGCCCUGGGAGCCCCACUCCACAGCUGGAGCAGGAUCCGCCUCUGAGCCGAGCCGUGCUGGAAGAACGAGCCGAGGGAAGCGAGUUUCAGGAGGCAGAUGCCACAGGGGGAGACGAGCCCUGCUGUGGCAGCCUCGGCUUGACGCAACCCCUCCCGCCGCGCCAUCCCCCCCAGAGCGAAUUGGAGGAGGAGCAAAAGGAGGAGCGGGGCCCUUCCCCACUUUGUGUCCUAGAAGACCUGGGUGCAGAGGAGGCCGCCGGGAAGCAAGAGGUCCUGGCAGGGGAUAACAACCUGCGUGCAGGGCAGGAAGCGUCCAGCGGGGAGCUUGGCUCCACUGAUGGGGCCUGCCCCCCAUACGGGGAUGGGUCAGCGCGGGACUCGCCGCUGACCCGAGACGACCGGCUGCUGAUCGAGAAGAUCAAGUGCUACUACGAGGCGGGCGAGGCUGCCCCAGACGCCCCCGCUCGGGAGGGUGCCCUCUCCGCCCCCACCGGGGUGGUGCGGGACUCUGUGCUCCACCUCAACCGUCUCCCCCAGCAGGAGGGGGCCAUGGACUGCGAGCGGGGCAGGGCUUCUUGGGCCAAGGCCCACCCUGCCCGCCAGGAGAAUGCUAGGAGGAGAUGGGGCCAGUUUCUUGACCAGAACACCACACCUCAUGACGCCAACCAAGAGGAUUCUGGGAAGGGUGAGGGCCCAGCCUUCGAUCAAGACACUCAAUUUGGGGCCAACCAAGAGGCCCAAGAGGAUGCUGGGAAGGGACAGGGCCAGCCAAUCAACCCAGACAUCCAUGGCACCAACCAAGAGGAUGCUGGGAAGGGGCGGGGCCAGCUCAUUGACCAAGGCACCAAAGCUGACGCCAACCAAGAGGAUGCUGGGAAGGGGCGGGGCCAGCUCAUUGACCAAGGCACCAAAGCUGACGCCAACCAAGAGGAUGCUGGGAAGGGGCGGGGCCAGCUCAUUGACCAAGGCACCAAAGCUGACGCCAACCAAGAGGAUGCUGGGAAGGGGCAGGGCCAGCUCAUUGACCAAGGCACCGAAGCUGAUGCCAACCAAGAGGAUGCUGGGAAGGGGCGGGGCCAGCCUGCCAGCCAUGUUGCCCCGCCCCCUGCCAGCCAGGAUCCCGAGUACAAGUCGUGCGCGGAGAUCCGGCGGGCGUGGCGGGAGAAAGAGCGGGGGGCGGCGGACGCCCUGGGAGCGCGCACCCCCCGCAUGAAGCUGGGCAGCAAAGGGCCGGCAGCCACCCGUGAGCCCCCACCGUUCCUGGAGCCCCUGUGGAUUGUGGAGGAAUCGGAUCUGGCUGCCCCACCCCGGCUGCCCCGUGGCGACGGGGUCCCUCGGGCCGAUGGUGUCCCGCCCGCCGGCUACGCCCCCCUGCCAGGGCUGUACGAGGACACUGCCCCUUGCCUGCUGGAGAACUCAGAGCGGAUCCUCAGCAAGGUCCAGGCCCUGGCGCGGAUGUACAGCGAGAAGAUCAGCCGGGCCAAGAUGGCCCGGAAGCCGCAGGAUGGGCCGCGCCGCCUGGCACCCAGCAGGAUGGGCACCCUGGAAAGCCUGCGGGAGGAGAUGCCAGGGCCCUGCCUCCCUCGCUGCGAACCCCAGCUUUACGGCCAUGUGCUCAUCCGUGAGCCCCCCCUGCACGUGAACUGCGUCCAGGAGAACGUGCUGCUGGUGGCCGCCGCCCGAGGGAAUGCCCUGGAUCUGCGCAGUGACAGGCCUGCACCUCUUCUGGCUUCCCUGUGUUUGGGUUCGCCCCUGGCAGAGGAGCCGGGAGCCGCCCGGCAGGAGCUUCCCCCCCCGGCAGCUGUUCCACCUCCCCCUUCGCUGGUGGAACCGCCCCCGAAGCUCAGCGGGGACCCCCCGAGCCCAGGCGAUCCGGUUGGGGAAGGCCCUGGCUCUCCCCCGCCAGCUCCCGAUGCUACCAGUGGAACUGGCAUGACACCCGAAGCCGGGGACUUUGAGGAAGCCAGGUGCCUGUCGGUGCCGUGCUGCCAAGCCGGGCUGCUGGCCUGCAGGCGCCGGGAUGAGCCGAGCGCCGGGGAGGUUUCCGCAGAGACAGCAGCCUCCUCUCCCUUCUGGGAAGCAGCCCCGAGCCAGCAGGCGCCGGAGGUGGCUGGGCCGGUCCCAGCGGCCUCCCCCAGGCCUGCAACAGAACGGCAGCCUGCGUGUGUCGGCACGUCCGCCGAGCCUGACCUGCUGGGGCCGGACCCCUCCAUCCCUGGCGCUGGCCCCCUGAAGCCAGCGGGGAAGCAGAGUGAGCCCAUCGCCAUCCUGCUGCCAGAGGAGCAGGCCCUGGCUUUGGGCAGGGAUUCCCAACCUGGCACCGAGGAGCCGCUCCCCCAACCAUCGCUGGGGCCUGUCCGCUGCGAGACAGGAGAGGCGUCCCUGCCUCCUGCGCCAGACCCCGUCCCGUCGGCGGCACCCUCCAGUGCUGCAGGAUCCUCGUCUCCGCUCCACAGCAAUGCCCUGCCCCUGGCAGCUCUGCCGUCCCGGGGCACCCGCCUGCCUUCCCGGGCCACGGGCGUGGCACACCCAUCCCCGGAGCUGUCCUCAGCUACAGCUGCCCAGCCCAGCCGCUCCGUGGCCCGGUCAGCUCCAACUUCGCCGAGCUCCGGCCUGGAUCGCAGCCCCCUCCCGGCUCUGCCGCGCCUCCAGACCUCCUCCCCGGCACACCGGCGCCUCUCCUCCAGCGCCGCGGCCAUCUCCAGGUACAUCGCCGCCUCCUGCAUCAGCCAGAGCCUGGCCAAGAGAAAUGGUGCCUCCUCGGGGCCACCUGACACCCAGCCUCCUGCAGCAGAGACUCCGGCACCCACCAGGCCUCUGCCUGCUUGCACAGCCAUCCCGAGACCAUCCUGCCCUUUGGGACCACCUGGCACCCAGCCUCCGUUGGCAGAGACCCUGGCACCCACCAAGCCUCUGCCUCCUUGCUCAGCCAUCCCGAGACCGUCCUCCUGCCCCUUGGGAGCACCUGGCACCCAGCCUCCUGGAGCAGAGACUCCGGCACCCACCAGGCCUCUGCCUCCCUGCUCAGCCAUCCCGAGACCAUCCUCCUGCCCCUUGGGGCCACCUGGCACCCAGACUCUGUCGACAGAGACCCCAGCACCCACCAGGCCUUUGCCUCUUUGCUCAGCCGUCCCGAGACUGCCCCCUGGCCCCCUGGGCUCCAGAGUCCCAGCACCCCCAUCUGCUCCAUUCCCCAGUGAGAAGGCCAAUGCCUGGUCUCAUUGUACCAGCAAGCAGGACCCUUCCCAGCUCAGUGUCUGCCCUUCCCCCUGUGCUAGCCCUGGGUCGCCCUCUGCCCCGGGCUGUUGCCGCGAUUCCAGCUGGCUGGGGGAGCCCAUCCCCUUGGUGUCUGGCUCGGCCGUGCUGCUGGCCUUCGACCGUCUCUCAGGGAUGUGCCUGGCCCCCCGGGGUAAGCAGCCCACCCCCUUCUCCACUUCAGAGCCCAGCUCCAGGGUCCAGUCUCCAGCGCCAGCCUGCCCCCGGGUGUGCUCCCCGCCUCCCUCCAGCAAGCGCCCCGCAGUGGGAAGAGGUGGCUGCGCCCCCCUGCGGCCUUGCUCCUUCACCCCCUUACACGUCCCCACCCAGCCUUCCACCCUCCGCCUCUCCUCACCCCUGCAGCCCACCUCCCACCUCUCCGCCACGUUACCUCAGCCAGGCAGGAGGCCGAGGGGAAACCCCGAGAGCCCCCCGUUCCCUAGGGAUGGAGACAGGGCAGGGUGCUGCUCCAGGGCACCCUCUAGCAACUCAGCCAGUCCCAGCCCCGACGAACUGGAUGGCAUCAAGUGGCCGGACGUCCCCGGCUUGCGUUCCAGGUACGCUGACCGGGCAGGCAGCAUGGGGGCGCCGGGCUCACCGGAGGAGUAUUCCAAAGCAAGGGUGGACUCGGCUCGGGACACGGGACCCCAUCGGGCCAGCUACUCCACCACCGUCAAUAUCCAGAUCGGGGGCAGCGGCCGGAUCGCCUCCUUCAGCAACGCUCAGGUCAGCCUCACCCACCCGCUGCUGGCGGCGCCCGGGCAGCACAGUGCAAGGCGGAUCAACGGCAGCACCUUAGAGACCCCGCAGAAAACGUGACGGCACAGGUCGGGCGGAGGGGGUUCACAGCCACGGCUGCAGGAGCGCUCCCGGCUCUGCACGUGCCCGGGGACCAAUGGUGAUAUAUUUCUGGUGCUGGAUGGUAUGUGGGGGGGAUGAAUUGUUACUGACCCACUGGGGUUGACAGGGGUGGGGCCAGAUCCCCAGCUAGGGUAAUUUGGCCCUACUCUGUUGAAACCAGUUGAGGAUCCGGGCCCAUUGAUCCCAAUGGAAUGAGGCCCAUUGACACCAGCUGGGGAUCUGGGUCCACUGACCCUAGUGGAGCGAUGUCCAUUGACACCAGCUGGGGAUCUGAGCCCAUUGACCCCCAAUGGUAUGAAGCCCAUUGAUGCCAGCUGGGGAUCUGGGUCCAUUGACCAUAAUGGAGCAACAUCCAUUGACCCCUAAUGGAAUGAAGCCCAUUGAUACCACCUGGGGAUCUGGGUCCAUUGACCUUAACGAAGCGGCAUCCAUUGACCCCCAGUGGAAUGAAGCCCAUUGAUGCCAGCUGGGGAUCUGGUUUCCUGAGUGACUUCAGAGGCACAGUGGGGUGGAUAACGCAGCUGAACUCAAAGAGUCCAUCCGUGCAAUUAAGCAACAGUUUCCAGGCCAGGAGGGAUCAGUGGGGCCCAGUCUGUAAAAGCUGUGUGCCCCCAACUGAUUGUGGUGGUCCUGGCCAGGCACCCACAGGCCAACAGGUAAAGGGCUUUCUGCCCUGCAAGCCCCCUCAUGAUGCAGAUGGCAUUCGGUUCUGGCUCUGGGUUGUUUUAACCGCCUGACUUGUUCCUCGGCGGGUUGGGCCUGCAUCGGACCAAAGUGAGUGGGGUGGGUGUUUGUAAAGAGGAGUGGGCACUAGAGGGGACACAGAUGCACACAAAAGCUUAGCCAGCAGGGGGAAGGAGCGUGCACAGGGCAGUACAAACAUAUGCACACCUCCUUAGCCAGCACGGGGAUCUGCAUGCACACCCGCCUAGCCAGAAGGGAGCAGUGUGGACCCACAGAGAGGCAGCAGGAAUACACCCAACUAUUUUCCUGCUUUUAAGUGUGAAAACCAAAGUGUCUUCCGGGCCAAAUCCUUGCUUCAGCCAAACUCUCCUUGAGGCAGCCCAGCAGAGCGAGGGCAGCAGGCAUGGGGAAAGCCAUUGUCCUGGUGCAGAGCCGCCAGCCCCGCCUCAUCUGUCCCUAUUAAGUUGUAUGGAGCCCGGCUCAGAUCGCUUGACCCAGGGGUCACUUUCAGUCUUUGGACUCUGGCUCAUUGAGAUGCUGAGCUGUGUCAGCCACACCAUCCCUAUUGUGCCUUCGCUCUGGUGUUUGGGCCUCCCCCGGCAGAAACCCAGCUCCACACGAGUCCCUCUUAAACCUGCGCGAGCUGUUGGCCGGGGGUUGUAUUCCCAGUUCUGCUACAAACUUCUAGUGUGUGAUUGUGGUCUAGCCACUUAAUCUGCCCUGUGCCUCAUUUUCCCCCAUGGGGAUUGUGGACUCUUUGGGGCAGGGUGCAUAGCUUGCUCUGGGCACAGCAUACAUCUCAAUUUUCCCAGGUGCUUCUGUAAUUAAUCUAACAUAAACUGAAACUACAGCUCUGGUGAGCUGAAGCUGGUGCUGUUCAGUCUCCGUGCCCUCAAAUGUGUAGGAAGUGGACGUUACUUUCUCUGCAAGGGAACCACAGAUGGGCCCUCAACACUUGCUUAAGGGUUGGCCUCAGAGUGUGCUGGAAAUGGCAAGGCAGCCAUGUCCGUCUCUUUCUGAGGCCUAAACGCACCUUAAAUUCAGAAAAUUUGCCCAUAAAAAUUGCAGUGGGACAGUUGGGUAGAACUGUUUUUUUUUAAAGUAUUUGUAUCAGAUCAACAUGGAAAUCACUGGCUCAGUAUCCAUUUAAACCAGCUGGGAAUCUGGCCCCACUGUGUCCAGUGUAAGAUGCCCCAUUUAAAUUAGGUGGAUCUCCAGCUCUUAAUCUCUACAGAGUGGCAACUGGUCCAAAUUACUCCAGAAUGAUUUUUCCCCCCUCUGUGCCCAUAAAACCUGUAACUCAAAACCACCCCUCAGUUUCUUCCCAGCUUUCCCUGGAGCUGAGUUGCCGUGAGAUUUUAGUCGAUCUCUCUGACCAAUUCAAGAUGCAAAAUAAGUUUGUUUAAAUAUUGCACUUCUAUAGUAAAAUCCCUCCAGACAUAGCAAUCCUGGGUUGUGAUUUGGAUGAAACGUCUUGGAAUGUUUGAAUCCCUGCUCGUUUUCCUUGAAAUUAACAAGGGGAAAUUGUGUGUGUGUGUGUGUCCUUUCCCUAAAAGAGGAAAUCAGGAACGGUGGCAAUAAAAUGCGAACAGUGAAAUAAAUAUUGGCUCCUUAGAAAGCGGUACAGCUAUUUCUGGCUUUUUGCAAUGAGUUUUUCUGCUUCAUUUCUAAAGCUGGGUUGCACAAGGAGAUUUUAAAUUGGAGCAGCAGGUAGUUAAAGAGACUCCAGUAUUUAAUAUUGAGCCUUCCAGUUGGAACCAUUGAGGCCUGGUCCACACUACAGCGCUAAAUCGAUUUAAACAGCGUUAAA